AGCGAUAACCCAGAAACCAAUUCAACAAAUACAUCUAUAUAUCUACAUAUAUACAGAGAGAGAGAGAGAUCGGGGGCGACCUGUUCAUCAACAACACAGCAAGGCGAUGGCAUCCAUGAAAAUGGUGCUUCUUGGAAUGGUGGUCGUGGCUGCUCUAUUGCAGAGCACCGCCGCUAAGACUACCCAUGUAGUCGGAGAUGCCUUGGGUUGGGUCGUCCCACCCAGCGGCGCCGUAGCCUACUCCACAUGGGCUUCCAACCAAACCUUCACCGUCGGCGAUGUUCUUGUCUUCAACUACGCCACCGGACAGCACGACGUGGCGACGGUGACGAAGGCGGGGUUCGACAGCUGCAACGGCACCAGCCCCAUCUCCAUUGCAACCGACGGGCCAACUAAUAUUACUCUCAGUGCGGCCGGCGAGCACUACUACAUCUGCACUUUCGGUCAGCACUGCAGCCUGGGUCAGAAGUUGGCCAUCAAUGUCUCCGCAUCCGCUUCUCCGGCCCCCCAGCCUGCCGCUGCCACCCCCUCACCUUCUCCCAGCCCCACCUCCACCGCCACCCCACCAUCACCGUCGGCCCCCACACCCAACUCGCCCACAGCCCCGUCUCCGUCCGGCAGCACCACUCCUCCGCCCACGCCUUCUCCGUCCGAAAGCACCACUCCUCCGCCCACGCCUUCUCCGUCAGGCAGCACCCCUUCUCCAUCCAGCACCACCGCUCCUCCGCCACCAAACGGCGCUCCGUCGUCGUUGGCCGCGGCUGCCUUGCCGGUCACCUUAUUGUCCAUUGCCUUGGCUCUGCUUCAUUAGAUCAAUUACCGUUAAUUUACAGAUUUUUCCUCCAUUUUUUAGGGUGCGGUUGAUGUAAUAUUGGCAUUAUUAUUGAACAUUUGUUUUCCUGCGUUACAAUAAAGAAUAUUUUCCAUUUAAUAUACAAACAGUUUGGUGUGAUCUCUCAAUA